AUGUGUUUAUGCAUUUGUUUUUUCAAUCGCAUCGACUUCUGGACUGAAGCGGGAGUACCCGGAUCUAGGGCCGUCGUCAGAGUAGCACCUGAACAACUUUCCAUGUUCACUAAGAAAAUAUCUGACGCGGGAAUGACCGCCAAGACUGACGUCCAGAACGUCCAGGAGCUCAUCGACGAGGAAAAAGACGGGGUUCAAUCCACCACCUACUCGAGCACUCCACUCAGAUUCCGGCGCUACCUGACGAACGCGGAGUUCGAAAGCGCUCUGAAAUCCUACGGCGUGGAAUACGAUCACGUGCAGUACUCCCCCAUCGGCAAGUCCUACGAGGGACGAGACAUUAUCGGAGUCCACAUCACCAAAGGGACGAACAGGCCCAUCAUAUUCUUCGAGUGCGGCAUUCACGCGAGAGAGUGGGUGGCCCACGCCACCUGUCUCUACAUCAUUGAUCAGCUAGCGACCAUGUACAAGAAAGAUGAAACAAUCAAACGCCUUGUGGACGAAUACGAGUGGAGAAUACACCCGGUGGUCAACCCUGAUGGAUACGCGUACACCCAUACUAUCGAUCGGUUAUGGAGAAAAACGCGGUCGGUAAGCAAGAUCUCCGGGGGCUGUCGGGGGGCAGAUGCUAACCGGAACUUCGACGUGGGUCCGUUUUGCGGAGUCGGAACCAGCAACGACACGUGUUCGGAGAUUUACUGCGGCGACAGUCCCUUCUCGGAGCCGGAAACCCGUGCCUUGAGGGAUGCCGUGAUGGCUGCUCAAGAUCGCGUCUCGUUCUACUUCGGCCUGCACAGCUACAGCCUCUUGUGGAUGUUUCCCUACUCGUACACGACCAAAAACGCCACCAACUACCAGGAGCUGAUCCAGUGACCGGUUCCAGCGUGGACUGGGCCUACGAGAAGGCGGGAGUGACGAAGAGCUUCGCUCUCGAGCUUGAGCCAGGAAGUAC